UUGUUUCGAGGCUCGUUUCGUUGUCAUACAUGCACAGGUGUUUUGUUAACAAAUUAAAAGUUCAAUUAAUUUUUCAAAUUUUAAAAGUGAUUGAGCGUUAUAUUUUACUACGUACUUCACUUCAUCACGAUAGUCAUUCGUACAUAUUAGUUACAUAACGGUAUCUAUGAGUCCCAAACUCAUUGUACCUGCCAGAAGCUAAAAAUUUACGUCAAAAACUUGUACUCAAACUUGGUAUUUUGAAAUAUUUGUAUUUAUUGUGUUAUAAUUUAUCAAAAAUAUGCCUUUCAAUUGUAAUGAAUCCAUACGGUCCUGUGCAGUAUAUAGACCCCCCCAUUUGCGAAAAGAAUUAGUGGAAACUAAGUAUUCACUAAGCAAUAAUACUUCUUCUUUGAACAAUAAUAUAUCUUUACUGAACAAUAAUAUUUCCAAUUAUGUGAAUAAUAAUUCAAAGGUGAAAAUUAAUAAUGCACUUAAUUUGGAAAUUAAAGAGACACUUACCAAGUUAUAUAUACCACCUGCUAAACGCAAUUUGAACAAUGUCGGUCGACAAUAUUUUGAUCAUAAAUUCAAGGGUACUCGCAUAGAAUAUUCAAAAAAACUUGAAGAAUCAACUACUGUGUAUGUUGGACAUUUAAAUUUGCUUUCAACUGAAGAAGAUAUCCAUAAACUAUUUUCAGAGGCAGGAAAAAUAAAAACCAUUAUCAUGGGAUUAGAUAAACAUAAAUUAACUCCUGGUGGAUUUUGCUUCAUUGAAUAUGAAACAAGAGCAGGAACAGAAAAUUGCAUGAAAAUUAUGAAUGGAGCUUUAUUAGAUGGAAAACAACUGUUAGUUGAUUGGGAUGCUGGAUUUAUUGAAGGACGUCAAUAUAGACGUGUUAAAAGAAAUUAUCAAAGAUCUUAUGUGCAUCCAAAUAUUCAAAAAUAAAUAUUAUAAAUUCACACUUAAGGUACUUAGAAGAGACAAAUGAUUUAUUAUAAGGAGCAUUAUUUUUUUUUCAGUAACUAUAUGCAAUUGUUUGUUUAAUUUGUUUAUUUUUAUUUUAUAAAUAUUUAUAUUCUGUUGUUUAAAUUUUUUUGUAUUUACCAUCUAAUAAGAAAGUACCUAUUAUUUAUAACUAUAUUUGUGUUUUCCUACUGAGACCUUUGAAAACAUUUUUUUUUUUUAAAGCAGGAGUAAUUUAAUUUGUUUUUUUUUUUGAUUUUGUUUCUAAAAUUUAAUAUAUUUUGUUUGUUAUAAUAAGUUAUAUUGACACAAACUUUAUAAAUCAAUAUGCAUUUAAUGUGAUUGUUAAUUUUUCAUUUAAAUAUAAUUAUAAAAUGUGUA